GUGUUUCCCGAUCGCUACGUUAUCGAGUGUAUCGGGAUCGGGGUUAGGUUAGGUUAUGUUAAAUUUUAUUUUUUGACGUGCGAGCAUACAAUGAACGAGUGCGGUUGAACCACAUAUUCGUAUGUGAUGCGAUUCGAGAGAUAUAUUGUCCUAUUCUAAAUCUUUCCAAGUUCGAAACACUUUUGUCUCGAACGGCAAGCACACAAGUGGAUAAAAGGUCUCAAGAGUGAAACAGUUGAAUUGAUUAUUUCGCGAGAUUAUAUGAGUGUUCAAGUAACUGUAUGUUUUUACUCGAAGCAUACAAUCGACAAGGUACUAUUGAAAACCGACAUCUUAUGGAAAUUUGCUCGACUGCCACAAUUUGGAUGCAUUUCGCCGAUGCUCGAGGGAAAAGAAGAACGAAUGUUGUUAAGCUGCAUACGUACAUCUCGUCGAAUAAAAUACUUCAAAGAAGUAACCAGGCAAAAUAUAUUUUGACCGGAGUGCUAUGUUGAUUGUGGCGAUUCAAUUGCGAGUACACAUACAUGAUGCUGAGAAUGAUGUGUCCAAAAUGCCACCAUCGCUUUCCAGUGGUGGGAUGCUGUUUAAAGUGGAGCGAUGAAACUAGCCAAAAGAAAAUGAAAGAGGAAGAAGACAAGGAAAAGAAGGAUGAAGAGGAAGAGGAAGAAGAAGAAGAAGAGGAGGAGGAAGAAGAAGAGGAAGAGGAGGAAGAAGAGGAGGAAGAGGAAGAGAAAAAUGGAGAAUACGUGAAAAAAAUGAUUGCUAAUACUAUCAGUUCAACGGCACCUCAUUACGUUAGUGGCCUCCCAGUGUCACGUGGCUACACCAGUGGCAGCAGUUGUUUCAUAAACCCAUCCACAAAUAUUCACGAGCCCACCAUUUUCCAGCCACGUGCAGUCAACUACGGCUCCAAUGUUGGAAUUACCAGCUCUGAUACAAUGGAACUCUUUUAUGACAUUGAGGCCUCGUCGAUGAAACAAAAUCACCAUCCGCUAUUAAGAUCGCCAAUAUAUCAGUCGAAUGAUCAAGAUUCCUUUAUUGUGGUAACAGAUAAUCUUAACUAUGAUGAUACGGAACCUUCAGAACUAUAUGUCGCAACUACGUGCGAGCUGACUGGUGGCAACGUUACAAUUGCUACACCCGAUAUACAAUCAGGUGGUUGCCUUGUACAAAAUACAGAAACGGAUGUUCUGGUACAAGCCUCGCAAAUCAAAAUUCAACCGAAGCUUACUGGCGGCGGUUGCCUUGUGCAAAAGAAAUUGUCCGCUGAAGAUGAGCGAUCGACGACAUCCAAACAUACGAAAAACUUCGCGCUCGUCAAUAAUAAUGCUCGUCGGACGUUUGUUACGCCUCCCAACGGUUGUUCGGAAUUGCCGGGAAACAUAAAGGUGUUGUCAUGUGGGACGAUAAGGGAUAAUGAGAAUAACAAAAUAACGAGCGCUGGAUCAAGGCAGCAAAAGAUACCGAUGAUCAAAACGAAUGGCUGCGAUUGUAAAGGUACGUUUCAGCAAAAUCACUGUCAGUAUCAAAGACGGCUGCUUGAUGCAUCUCUAGCGGAUGAUCGUGACUCCUUGCUGCUGGAGCCUGUCGGUAAUAGCGUGCAAUUCCGAGUGAACGCCACUGUGCAGCUACCCGCGAACCUGGGUCAGUGUACGGUAAACAUUACAGCGACAACGACGACGCCGCCAAAGCAGGUAAUGACGACGAAGUUGCCAGAUCGUGGUAGAAAUAACUUUUAUGGAGGUGGUAUCGUGCAACCGAACGAAUUGGACUGUGCAACGGUGAAUCAAAUUGUUGCAAUCGGAAACAACAAGGAUUGUAAUAACGUCGAGCAAAGGGACAAUGCGACAACCACUCCGGUGUCCUGGAUAAUGCCGACUUCCUGGGGCCUGGAUUCAGACGUAAAUAGAUUACGCGAGGUAAAGAGAUUGCUGCAGAUUUGUGGUUGGUACCAUGAGGGCAUCAGUUGGCAACAGAGCGAAAACCUUUUGAAGGACGCGUCCAUCGGUCGAUGGCUAAUGAGAGACAGUUCGGAUAGCAGAUACACUUUUGCGGUAUCUGUGAAAACAUCCAGAGGCCCCGCUUCUAUUAGAGUACACUAUUUUCUCGAACAGUUUCGGCUCGAUGCCGAACCGAAAUUAGCAUCGGCGAUGCCAUUUUUCGAUUGUCCUAUCAAAAUGUUGGAGCACUACGUUGAGUAUUCAAAGAGAAUGGAUGAGCAUCGUAGGGAAGUCUGGGUCGACUACAGUGGACAACUAUACAGCCAGAUUUAUUUGACCAGCCCUCUUGUUAAGGAAGUUAGAUCACUGUCACAUUUGGCCAGACUCGCUGUGAAUCGAAGCAAGUUGCCUACUGAACGUUUACCACUCUUAAUUAAAAAUUAUAUCGAGGAAUAUCCGUAUACGCUUUGACUGUGUAAUCACAUCACAUGAUGCGUUUAUCUUCCGAUAUACAUAUAUAUAUAUAUACAUAUAUUUGCUUAUAUAUAUAAUAUAUAUGUGUAUGUAUGUACGUAUAUACAUAUAUGUGUGUAUAUAAGCAAAAAUUUAUUUUUAUAUACGUAGUACGGAUUUCUCCGAUGGCUUAUUUUUCGAUAACGAACCGAUUAUGCCUUGAAUUGCACCAAUUACAGACAUUGCGCAAAUGCAAAAAAGAAUUGUGGUUUGCGAAUGUAAUUAUACAAAGAAAUAUAUACACAAAUAUAUGCACGCGCGUGCGCGUGUGUAUAAUAAUGUGUACAUAUGCGUGUGUAAUAAAUAAGUUUUAUUGAUAAAUAUAAUAGAAUUUAUUAUAUAUAUA